AUGGCAGAGGAUCCAACUUUCGAAGUGGAGACUCGCAAGAUCAUCUUUUACGGCAAGCAUGAGUGGUGCCCCACUCAGAAAAUAGUCGAGGAGCGGACCUUUUUCUCCUUCACGAAGUGGUCUGCACAGCUGACUCGCAUGAUGACCGGCAAGCGACUUCAGCUUGGGGGUGGGCGGGCUGCAGAAAGUGGUUCCUUGAACGUGCCAGUGAUCGGCAAGAUCUUGGAAGCCCGGCAGUCGGCCUGCGACAAAGCCCUUGAGGAAGCUCUGAAAGUCGAGGAUGGGUUGGGCGACGAGGAUGAGAAGCCGAAGAAGAAAGCCAAGAAAACCAUUCGAAGGUCAUCGGCCAAGGACCUCCACCUCCUUCCUGAAAUAGUGGACGUGUCGGUGGCUGAAUUCCAGAUGUCCUUGCUUUCGGAGGGGCUGUCGACUGGAACGAUCUGGAUGGAGCUCCGUCCCGAAAACCUCUCCUGGCUCAAGUCUUGUGUCGACAAGGAAGAGGCAAAGCCUCGUCAGAAGAAGGGGGAGGCCAAGCCAAAGCAGUGA